CCCUCCUUUUGCUUUCGAAGCCGGGACUGGACUCUGAUCUGGUGAUUGUCUAUGGAAAAUGAAAUGGACAGAGAUCUGUGCAGUGUGAGGCAGUAGUUUUACAGACUUGAGGAGAUCUAGACCGGAGCCUAGACCAGGUUUCGUCCCUUCUUGCACGUCGAGUCGUCGCCUGCAGUGCCAGUGGGAGCUCGGACGCCGCACAAUUUCCGCAAGGGAAGAGGUCGUUUGACACGCCGUGGGACUAUCUAUUCCCGUAGUGUCAUCAGCUGCAGUUGAGAGAGCUAGCUAGAGAGAGAGGGAGAGAAGUCUGAAGAUGGCAGAUUUUCCGGUGCUGAAGAUUUCGUACUUUGCCGUGGCGGUUCUGACCAUGGGUUUAAUGAUUGCUGGCUCGUGUCUCCCAUCCUUCAUGGACAUACACGCAGACCAAAAGAGACUUCACAUCGUUACCGCUGAGGUCGGUAUAUGGCAGAUAUGCAAUAAGGCGGGAAGUGGCAGUGUUUGCCUGAAGUACGCUGAUACAAGGCUAGGGGUGCCUUUUCCAUCUAUGGUCAAGAGCGCUCAGGGCUGCAAUGUAGUGGCUCUGCUCUCUUUCGCAGCCCUCAUCGUUACUUCGGUCGUCAUUGAACGCUGUGAUGUUCACCGUGCCGUGCUGUUGGUUCCCCGCGUGCUGGCUUCCUGCUCUGCUAUCUUCAUGAUCGCUACAGCAGGACUUAUGGUGCACUUCGUAGAGAAAGAAUUCGAAGCCCCCUUCGGUUUGGAAAUCCUGAAAGACCCUGGUACGGGCGGGAUCAUUGCUGUUGUUAGCAUUCUGUCGGCCAUUGUGUCGAUUGUGUUGGCGCACUGCACACACUCACGGGUUCCCAGCGGACUGUACCAAUCGCUCUAGGUCAAUCAUGGAGUGCUUGCAGGCAAAUACUCGUCGAAUGCAAUGGCAACGGCAUGCAGCAUGCAGCAUGUGCUGCCGUGAACGGGCAUCCAGUCAGGUGCCGGAACCAGCAGCCUGGAUUCCAGGCCAUCCUCAGCCUGGAUUCCAAGCCAUCCUCAGUCAUCUGUAACAUGAUACUAGUGAACCUUUCUAUUGGUUAUUCUCUCUGGAUAACACGUCUUUCCUUGAUAUACAUUCCAAUGUGGUGCUAGUGUAUAUACAUUCCAUGAUUGUAGUAGUUGUGUGCUUGCUGGCAUAUUCUGAUGCCUAUUUAUUCUAGAGUAAUGGUGGUAGAACACACCUGACAACUUUUUGAAAUGGCGGUACACAUCACUCUAUUCGACAGUGCUCUGGCUGAGUGCUCUCUUUCGCUCGCCACCGACCCCAGUACGCGCCUGGAACAUGGCCGCUGAAGGGCGGUUGAUAUCGGCAUGCCUGGCCGCCACAUUAGCUUGCGAGUAGAUGAUGGCACGGCGGUGAUUUGCCUCGGAUUGCGACCUACGCUUCGUACCGACUGGACUGGUAUCGUAAACUUCCUCUUGGAUGUCUUCGGCCGGAGCUAACCUCACUGGUAGAAUUCUUUGUUUAAAACUCCAACACAGUACCAAUAUGUCGUGAAGUAAUCAUGAUAAAAAUGGACCAAACUGUGGGAUUACACCCAGCCACACAACGCUCGCUCUGUGCUUGCCACCGUUUCACAACGCAAGUGCGUCUGACCGCCAUCACUCCAUGAUGCUGCAUUGCAGUCGUCAACAUCAUUCUAAUUGACAACUUGUAUUUAGCGGUGAUUUGUUUUUUUACAACUGUGUUUGCAUUGUAUAGUUUGACGAACUCG